AUGCAGAAGCCAUCGAAGAGCCAAGCAAAGAAGAAGAAGCGCAUCGCGAGUGCCAUUCAGUUCUUCGACGAGCAGUAUGGCAAAGAUGUCGACCGCCUAGCCGGAUGGCAAGCUCUCUGCGCAGACGUCGGUGUACCUAGCCUCGAGGAUGUGUUCGUCAACAUCAUUGACUUGGUCAAAGCCAAACGAGCUGGAAACGCCAUCCAUCGAUUUGACAACCUGAAAGAGCUGCAGGAUUACAGCCACCACACACGCAAGAAGUUUCCCUUGGAUGAAGCGAAGGAGAAGAAAAUGCUGGAGGGUUCGCUGGUCAAGAUGUCCGGACCGCGUCGACUUUGA